AAACCCUUCGCUUUCUUGGCUUUUGUCCGGUCUCUUGUUCUUUUUUUUUGUUCCAUUCUCUCUCACUCUAGAAUCUGUCGACGAAACCAGCUCCAAUGGCAGGAUGAACAGAGACAUCUGCAAUCUGUUCUUCUCAGAAGAUGGCUUUGGAGAAAGAACAAGAAGAAUCACAAAUCGGUCAAAACGCACCGUUUUGUGCCCUCGAUGAGCUCUAUUGCGAGGAAGAAUGUGCGUUCGUGGAGGAGGAUCUUGUGGGCAUUGAUGACAAUGUCGUAAAGUUUCAGUUUUUACCACUAAAGGAUAUGUUUUCAUGGGACGACGAUGAGUUGCAGAGUCUAAUCUCAAAGGAAAACGAAACGAAUCACCACCCUUACCAAACACUAGAUGAGUGUCUGGUUUCUCGAAGAAAAGAGGCUUUGAACUGGGUUUUCAGGGUUAAAUCUCAUUACGGGUUCGCUUCAUCGACGGCUCUGCUUGCUGUGAACUACUUCGAUAGGUUUAUCACGAGUGUUAAGUUUCAGACAGAUAAGCCAUGGAUGUCUCAGCUUGUAGCUGUGGCUUGUUUGUCUUUAGCUGCUAAAGUUGAAGAGAUCCAUGUCCCCUUGCUCAUUCAUCUCCAAGUGGAGGAAGCAAGAUACGUCUUUGAAGCUAAAACCAUACAAAGAAUGGAGCUUUUGGUUCUGUCUACACUCCAGUGGAGGAUGCACCCUGUGACUCCGAUCUCGUUCUUCGAUCACAUUAUCCGGAGAUUAGGCUCUGAAUGUCACCAGCAGCUGGAGUUGUUUAGCAACUGCGAGCGUCUUUUGAUCUCCGUUGUUACGGAUACGAGGUUUAUGAGUUACGUCCCUUCUGUGUUAGCAACUGCGAUAAUGAUUCAUGUCAUCAAGGGCUUGAAACCAUGUGAACAAGUUGAAUACCAAUCUCAGCUCAUGACUCUACUCAAAGUUAAUCAGGAGAAAGUUAAUGAAUGCUAUGAACUAUUGUUGGAGCACAAUCCGAGCAAGAAGAGGAUGAUGAAUUGGCUCGAUCAGGAUCGUCCAAGCGGUGUAUUCGACAUUGAUGACAGCUCAAAUGGAUCCUGGAAUGUCUCUGCUGCUUCGGUAGCAUCAUCUUUAUCUCCAGAGCCUCUGCUCAAGAGGAGAAGAGUACAUGAGCAGCAAAUGAGGUUGCCUUCAAUAAACCCUAUGUUUCUAGAUGUGCUUAGUAGUCCUCGCUAGUACUUUUCAUUAAAUUGAAUGUGUCAAAUCUUAAGAUCAUUUUGUGUGUUUAAAAGCUAGUUCCAAAGCUAACUCUUAUCUAUUAAAUUCUAAUAUCCAAUACAUGA